AGGUGCUGAGAUUGGACACAACGGAGACCAUGGAGACCAUCAAGUGUGUGGUAGUCGGGGACGGAGGUGUCGGGAAAACUUGCCUCCUCAUGUGUUAUCAAACCAACACCUUCCCUGAGGAGUUCUACCCCAGGGUGCUCGAUAACUACACUGUCCUGAUUACAGUGGAUGGAAAAACCGUGAGUCUGAACCUGUGGGACACGCACGGCAAUGGAGAGCGCGACCGACUGAGGCCAUUUAGUUACUCCGAGACCAACGUUGCCAUCAUCUGCUUCUCCAUCGCCAGUCCUCCAUCUUACGAGAACGUCAAGCACAAGUGGUAUCCUGAAGUGCGCCACCAUUGUCCUAACAUUCCCAUCCUCCUGGUGGGCACCAAGAAGGAUCUGAGGACCGACCCAGAUGUCAUCGAAAAGUUACAAGAGCAGAACCAGCUACCGAUCUCCUACCAACAAGGGGUCAGCCUGUCCCGGCAAAUUGACGCGGUGAAGUACAUGGAGUGCUCAGCGCUGAACCAAGAUGGUGUCCAAGAAGUUUUCUCCGAGUCAGUGAGAGCCGUUCUCAGCCCAGUAAAAAAGAAGAAAAAAGUUCUGGUUAUUACCAUGGAGACCAUCAAGUGUGUGGUAGUCGGGGACGGAGUUGUGGGGAAAACUUGCCUCCUCGUUUGUUACACAACCAAUUCCUUCCCUAAGGAGUACAUCCCCACCGUGAUUGCACCCUACAAUGCCCAGAUUACAGUGGAUGGAAAAGCCGUGAGCCUGAACCUGUGGAACACGGCCAGCCAGGAUGUAUAUAGGCCUGUAAGAGCGUUAGUUUACCCCGAGACCAACGUGGCCAUCAUCUGCUUCGACAUUUCCGAUCCGUCAUCAUACGAGAGUGUACAGAACUACUGGUAUCCCGAAGUGCGCCACCAUUGUCCCAACAUUCCCAUCCUCCUGGUGGGCACCAAGAAAGAUCUAAGGACCAACCCGGAUGUCAUCAACAGGCUGAAUAAGGAGAACCAGCUACCGAUCUCCUACCAACAAGGAGUCAGCCUGUCCCGGCAAAUUGACGCGGUGAGGUACAUGGAGUGCUCAGCGCUGAACCAAGAUGGCGUCCAAGAAGUUUUCUCCGAGUCAGUGAGAGCCGUUCCCAGCCAAGUAAAAAAGAAGAGUCCAUGUGUCUUACUGUGAGAAGAAGAUUCCUCCGAGAUCCGGUCAGUGGUUCCUCCUUGUGUUGAUCUCAGAUCACGUGACUUUGUCCUGAGGAACCACAACCUAUGUAGAUCUCAAGGACCGGAAAUUACAAACUCUUCUAUGUGUCCCUUAUCUAAAAUGUCCAUUAAAGAAGCCCCCAGAUGGAGAUGAAUAUUUCAGACCUCCAGCAAUAUCUUCAAUGGUUUUGUCUCUUCCGGUGUUGGACACAGUAUAUAUAUAUAUGGCUGCUGGUCAGAAUAUAUAAUAAAUUACAAUCAUCAUAUUUCACAGUAUUAACCCUUGUCUGGCCACACCCUCACCACUGCUCCAAGGGGUCCAUUAUUUCUAGAACUGACUCUUCAAGGGCCCCAACAUAGCCAGCAGAAGACUAACCUUAAAGACUGUAAACCAAGGACCUUCCAUUGAGCGCAAUUUACGGCAAAUUUAUAUUUCUCUGUUUCCAGAAGGUUGUGAGAAUAUAUUGGCCCGGAUUCACAUACAUUGGUGCAUAUUUAUGCUGGCGUAGCGUAUCGAAUAUAUGCUACGCCGAC